AUAGAGCUGAUGGGUUUUGGGUUUGAGGAGCCUCAUUCCAUUGGGCUAAUGAAGAGGUUUUUGUUUAUAUCUAAUUUGUCAUUAACAAUAAGACAAAAUAUUUCUCAUUUACUCCGCCUUUUCGGAUGUGAAGAGUUUUACUUCCUCCAAUGCAGCUGGUUCGCUUUAGAUCUAGCCGGGUGAGGUGGUUUUUUUGGCUCUUUUUUAAGAAAAAGUAUUAAUGGCUUGCGUAGGAAUUUUUUGUCCGGCACCUGAGAACGAAGGCUACACAAGAAUGAAUGAACAGAGAUUUUGUCUUGCGCUGCAAUCAUUAUGUUCGAUUUGCUUCCGUUUCUUUCUCACCUUUCUCUGAUCGGAUUGCCUAAUAGCUAACUGAAGAAAUUCCUUAGGAAGGGAACCGAAAGCUGCGAUCAUAUUCGUUCUUAUCCAUCAAUCGCCACCACUCCUCGUCCUGUCAUGUCUAAAAAUCGAAUCUUGCUGAUGUUCUUCCUGCUUUGUCUCCUCUACUUCUCUAUCUCCGUCUCUCAGCAAGAGGAAUUCAUCUGCUAUGGCUUCGCUGGCGGCGGGAGCAUUAAUGUGAGCCUGAAUGGGGUUGCAGAGAUCGAGGAAAGCGGGAUCUUGCGGCUCACGAACAACACAGGACGAAUCAUUGGCCGCGCCUUCUACCCGCAGCCUCUCCGCUUCAAGAACUCUGAAGGCGCCGGCGAAGUAUUUUCCUUCUCCACAGCCUUUGCCUUCGCCAUCGUCCCCAACCCCGAGUACCCAACGUUCGGAGGCCACGGAAUCGCCUUUGUGCUCUACCCGAACCGCGAGUUCCCCGGCGCCCUGCCCAGCCAAUAUCUCGGCCUGCUCAACUCCUCCAAUAACGGAAAUGCCACCGACCACCUCCUCGCCGUCGAAUUUGACACUGUGAUGGACUUUGAGUUCAGGGAUAUCAAUGACAAUCACGUCGGCGUCGACAUCGACAGCCUCAUCUCAUCCAAAUCCGCCGCUGUCGCCUACUUCGACGCUGACUCUGGUGCCCAGCAACCACUCAAUCUCAAAAGCGGCCGCACCAUCCAGGCUUGGAUAGACUACGAUGGCACCGCAAAAGUUCUCAAUGUGACGCUUUCCCCUUUCUCCACAAAGCCCAUUUCGCCAUUAUUGUCCGUUCCAGCCGAUUUGUCCCGAAUCCUUCACGACGAGAUGUUCGUUGGCUUCUCAUCGUCCACGGGCCUCCUCACGAGCUCCCACUACCUCUUAGGCUGGAGCUUCAAGAUGAACGGCAUGGCUCAAUCGCUCGACCUCUCCUCUCUCCCCACCCUCUCCGAACUAUCUAAACCCAAAAAGAAAAAUUCCAAAUUUACGGCCAUCAUCGCAACCCUUUCCACCACAGUUAUCGUCCUCAUGGCCGCCGUAGUCACCGCGUACCGCUUCUAUUGCAGCAAGAACGCGGAGCUCAUCGAGCCAUGGGAGUUAGAACAGGGCCCUCACCGCUUCUCCUACAACGAACUCAACCGCGCCACCAAAGGCUUCGGUGACCGCGAGCUCCUCGGCUUCGGCGGCUUCGGCAAAGUUUACAAAGGCGUCCUACCUUCCUCCGGGGCCGAAAUCGCCGUGAAACGCAUCUCCCACGAUUCCAGACAGGGAAUCCGGGAAUUCGUAGCGGAAAUCGGCAGUAUCGGUCGCCUCCGCCACCGCCACCUUGUCCAACUCCAAGGUUGGUGCCGCCGCAACGGAGACCUCCUCCUAGUCUACGACUACAUGCCCAACGGUAGCCUCGACCGCUUCCUUUUCUCCAACGGAGCAACGCCGCCGCCUCCGCCGAUCUCGUGGGUGCAGCGCUUCCGCAUCCUCCGCGGCGUUGCCUCCGCGCUGCUCUACCUACAUGAGGAGUGGGAACACGUCGUCAUCCAUCGCGACGUGAAAGCGAGCAAUGUGCUUCUCGACGCGAACCUAGACGGUCGGCUCGGCGACUUCGGGCUGGCGAAGCUCCAAGAGCACGGGGCCAAUCCGGGCACGACGAGGGUGGUGGGGACGCUUGGGUACCUUGCGCCGGAGCUGACGCGGACGGGGAAAGCCACGACGAGCACAGACGUCUACGCGUACGGGGCGCUAAUUCUUGAGGUGGUUUGCGGGCGAAGGCCGAUAGAGCCUAAGGCCAUGCCGGAGGAGCUUAUACUUGUGGAUUGGGUUUGGGAGCUUUGGGCACAGGGGAGAUGGACGGAGAUUGUUGACCCACGGCUCAUUCAUGAUGGCUAUGACGUGGAGGAGGCUGAGUUGGCAGUUAAGAUCGGGUUGCUUUGCUCUCAGCCGGUUGCGGCAAUGAGGCCGACGAUGAGGGAGGUGGCGAGGUAUUUGGACAUUUGUAACGUGGCGGAGGUACCAGAUGUUCCGCCGCUGCCGCCGCUGUUUUCGUCUCCCUACGCGGCGGCUGCAAGCGAGAAGGCGAGGAGGGGCGAAACAGGGGAGGACUUUGUUCACUCUUACCCGUCCUCUUGUUCGGACAAAGUGUCGGGUGCAUCCCUCGCCACUGGCUGGGGGGAUGGCCGGCGAAGUGGGACCCGCGGCCUCCUCCCAGGUUCAAUGCCGAGUACAGAAAGUGCGGAAAUUUAUGAAUUGAAUGUUUCUUAAUUGUAUCAUUUGCUCAAAAGUUUUUUUUUUUGGUGGAUGAGUUUUUGAGCUCAGUAUUCAGUGCAUCAUAAUUGUCUCAAAUUUAUUUCUAA